AUGUGUAUUGAACACUUUACAAGAUUAAACAAGUCCGGAAAUCGGAAACUGAAUGCUUCAGAUUGUACUCAAAACGAGAACAUAAUUCAGCAAAAAUUACGCGUUAUUAUUACUAUUUCGGCUGCUAAUUUUUUAGUCGUUUUAUCAUUGACAGCAGCGGGCGAACCAGCUAAAAUCCUAGGCUUGUUCGCAACGUACAGUAAAUCGCAUCUUAUCAGUCACAAAUCCAUCAUGGAACCGUUGAUUGAGCGAGGACAUGAUGUGACAAUCGUAACAACAUUGCCAUUGAAGGAUUCGGCCAAACGCUAUCGUCAUAUACAAGUAAGUGUUCCACCAACACCCAAGGAACUUAUAUCAGGAUAUGUGAACACUUCGAAAAGUGCUUACGGAUUCCUGCAGAAUACGCUGAAAGGAAUCGAGUUUUCCUUAGAAUAUAACAAUUUAACUUUGCAUGAUCCGCAAAUGAGGCGUCUUAUGGGAGAGGAGACUUUCGAUUUGGUUGUGUUUGGUGAAUUCUUUAAUACUUUUCAAAUUGGUGUCGCUGCUCAUUUCAAAUGCCCGAUUGUUAUGACCUUUACACAUCGGCCAAUGAAAGUAGUUAAUGAUAUCAUUGGUAAUCCUUUAGAGGUAACUUACGUUCCUGAGCUUUUUAUGGAAGCUGCACAGCCGCUUGGCUUCUUGGACCGAGUUAAGAAUCUUUUGAUGGUGCUCCUGAUGAAUAUCAGUUUUGGGCCAUACCUAGAUUACAGAAUGGAAAAUCUCUACAAGUAUAAUUUUCCACCAGAAAAAUAUCCAACUUAUAAUGAAAUGUUGAAGAAUGUUUCGCUCAUAUUAACCUGCAGUCACUUCUCAGGAGGUAUUAUAAGACCGAAUGUUCCAGCUAUUGUGGAAAUUGGGGGAAUUCAAGUCAAACCGAAACCGAAUCCUUUACCAAAGGAUAUCAAGCAAUUCCUGGAUGGCACUUCUAAAUAUGGAGCAGUGUAUUUAAGCCUUGGUACGAUUGUCCGCAGUGCUGAUAUGAAUUCAGAAACAAUCAAAAUCUUCUACAAAGUUCUUUCUGGAUUAAAACAACGUGUUAUAUGGAAAUGGGAAGAAAACGCACCUCCUGGCAAAGCAUCUAAUAUUUUAUUCAGAAAGUGGCUUCCUCAGGAUUACAUUCUAGCCCACCCUAACAUUAAACUAUUCAUAACUCAUGGAGGACAUGGCAGCGUAGUAGAAUCGGAGUAUCACGGAGUGCCAAUGGUUGGUACCCCACUUUUCGCUGAUCAGUUUUCAAACAUGGAUGCCGUACAGAAAGCUGGCCACGGUCUAACCCUAGGAAAAGGAAAAAUCACUGCUGAGAAUUUGAAAUCCACUGUUGAGGAGGUUCUGCAUAAUCCCACUUACAGGAACAAAGUUCAGGCGUUUUCUCGAAUUUAUCGAGAUAGGCCCAUGAGCCCCAGAGACACAGCCGCUUAUUGGAUAGAAUACGUUAUUAGACAUAGAGGUGCUAAGCAUAUGCAGAGUCCAGCUGUUCAUAUGAACUUCAUUCAGCUGUAUGGUCUCGAUGUGUUUGGAUUUUUGUUUGCGAUAUUUUCCGUUAUAUUUAAGACUUUAGCUUUUAUGUUUAGAAAAGUUAUUCACCUACUUUUUGGAAUAAAAUGUAGCAAUCAGAAUAAGAAUAGUAGCAAACAGAAGAAAAAUUAGUAAAUAUUCGUUCCUUUGAAGAGACAAUGUACGUAAUGUUUUGUAUUAUCUGAAAUUUUGUUAAAA